AUGACGGCCGACGAGGAAUCCAACACGAGGCAUGCCGAUAGCAAUACAGCUCAUAUACACGUCACCGUCUCAAGUACGAGCGGUCGUGCGACAGACCUCGGGCCCAACAACGACAAGCAUCCAGUCAACCGACACUGUCAUCAGUCCGACGACCAUGGCCAAAUCCCCAGACCCAUAAAUGGGCGGAGCUCCGACUCUCCAACCCGCAUUCAGACGCCCGUGGCAGUGGUAGGCAUGGCCUGCCGCCUUCCCGGGCACAGCAGCAGCCCGCAGGCGUUUUGGGAUAUGCUGGUCGCCAACAGGGUCGCCGGCAACCAGCCGCCCGCCUCUCGGUUUUCUCUGCACGGGCACUUUGACGGGUCGCGCAAGCCGCACACCAUGGCGACGCCGGGCGGCAUGUGGCUCGAGGACGUGGACACGGAGCUGUGGGACGCGGCGUUCUUCAACGUGCCGCGGACCGACGCCGCCAUCCUGGACCCGCAGCAGCGCCAGCUGCUCGAGGUGGUGUACGAGUGUCUGGAGAACGGCGGGGCGACGCUGGAGUCGGUCAAGCGCAGGCGGAUCGGGUGCUUUGUGGCGGCCAUGUGCGGCGACUUUGAGCUGAUGCAGGGGCGCGACCCGGACGAGAGGGCCGAGAACACGGUCAUAGGAGUGGCGAGGUCCAUCCUCAGCAACCGCAUCAGCCACUUUCUCGACAUCCGCGGGCCCAGCAUGACGGUGGACACGGCGUGCUCGGGCUCGCUGACGGCCAUAGACACGGCGUGCCGCUACCUGGAGGCCGACCAGUGCGACGGGAUGCUCGUGGCGGGCAUCAACCUGUACCUGGAGCCGUCGCACAACGAGGAGGGCGGGCUGAUGAGGAACGCCGCGUCGGCGACCGGGCGCUGCCACACCUUCGACGCCAAGGCGGACGGGUACUGCCGCGCCGAGGCGGUCAACGCCGUGUUGCUCAAGCGGCUGGACGACGCGGUGCGCGACGGGGAUCCCAUCCGGGCCGUGAUCCGCGGCACGGCCUGCAACAACGACGGCCGCACGCCCACGGGCAUCACCAGCCCCAGCGCCGAGGCGCAGACGGCCGCCAUCCGCGCCGCCUACUCCAACGCCGGCAUCGCCGACCUGGACCAGACCACGUUUCUCGAGUGCCACGGCACCGGCACGCAGGCCGGCGACCCCGUCGAGGUGCAGGGUGCCGCGGCCGCGUUCGCCACGCCCGCGCGCGCCGACGGCCGCCGCGCCCCGCUGCUGAUCGGGUCCUGCAAGAGCAACAUCGGCCACUCGGAGGCCGGCGCCGGCAUCUCGGGGCUCAUCAAGGCCGUCUUGGCCAUCGAGCGCGGGCUGAUACCGGGAAACCCGACCUACGUCACGCCGAACCCCGGGCUCGACUUCAAGGCCUCGUGCGUCGAGGUCGUGGGGAGGAACUUGCCGUGGCCCAAGGGGGCCAUGCGUCGGGCGAGCGUGAACUCGUUCGGCUUUGGAGGAUCCAACGCACAUGCCGUCGUCGAAUCGCCAUCGAUCCUGCUCGGAUCCGACGCCGGGGACCGGCAACAUUACGUCUUGUCCCAUCAGCAACAAGGAGCACCUGGCUCCUUGUCCGGCUCCAAUGGGAUGCUGGAGAUGGACGACGACGUCGACGACGACGACGACGACAUGGACGGCCCGACGCGACAGCGCCCGCAGCUCCUCGUAGUGUCGGCCAACAACCAAGACUCGCUCCGGCGCAACAUCGACGCGCUGGAAAGGCACCUCCUCAACCCGGCCAUCGAGGUGCGGCUGAGCGACCUGGCCUACACGCUGUCCGAACGCCGAACGCACCACUUCAACCGGGCCUUUACCGUGACGCGGGCCACGGACCAGAUCGAGUGGAACGCCUUCUCCUCGGACAAGACGCGCGCGGCCGGCCGCCGCAUCGCCAUGGUCUUCACCGGCCAGGGCGCGCAGUGGUCGCAGAUGGGCCGGGAGCUGUUGGACACGUACCCGGCGGCCGCCCGCACCGUCCGGGCGCUGGACGAGGUGCUGCAGGCGCUGCCGGAGCCGAUGCGCCCCGCCUGGAGGCUCGUCGACGAGCUGAAACAGCCCCGCAGGCCCGACGUCGUCCGCAAGCCCGAGUUCUCGCAGCCGCUCGUCACCGCCCUGCAGCUAGCUAUCCUGGCUGUCCUGGCCGACUGGGACGUGAAGCCGUCCGCCGUGCUGGGCCACUCGUCCGGGGAGAUCGCGGCUGCCGUGGCGGCGGGCUACAUGAGCUCGGCCGACGCCAUCAAGACGGCCUACUUCCGUGGCUACGGCUCCAAGCGGAUGAUGGAGGCGGAGGGACAGCAACAAGCCGCGGCGUCUCUUGGCAUGCUGGCGAUCGGAGUCGGGCCGGACGUGGCUCGGUCGUAUCUAGACGAGAUCAAUGACAAGAGCUCAGAGGCAGCUGGUGUGCAUAUCGCAUGCUACAACAGCCCUUCCAGUCUCACCAUAUCCGGACCAGUAUCCUCUCUGACGGCGCUGGAGGCCAGGCUGAAAGAGGAUGGCCAUUUUGCUCGUCUUCUCCAGGUGGACUUGGCUUACCACUCUCCCUAUAUGGCCUCCGUAGCCUCUGAUUACAAGAAGACCCUCGAUGAGUUUUGCGAUUUUGGUGGGCAAGACUCGAGAAUACAACACCGACAGGGCUCGGCGGUUUGGUUCUCGUCCGUCACCGGCAACCGCAUCGAUUCUCGAUCGGCGGCGGCGGCGGUGGACGCAAAGUACUGGAAGAGCAACAUGGUGAUGCCGGUCCUGUUCCACCAGGCUUUGACCGGCAUGAUUCUUGACGGGUCCGAGGCUGCUGGCGAGGCCGAUUUGAUGCUCAUCGAGGUCGGGCCCAGCAACGCCCUGGCGGGACCCGUCUCCCAAGUGAUUAAACACGUCGACGGCGCCGGGAACCCAGGGUUCGCGUCCAAGGUCAAGUACACCUCGGCCCUGAAGCGAGGAGCCAACAGCGUAUACCCUCUGGUGGCAGUGGCAGGUCAGCUGUUUGCCGCAGGCGUCCCCAUACCGCUGGCCAAGGUCAACGGGUAUUACGACUCCGCCGGCGCAGACAAAAAGACGAGCGUUGUGAAAAAGGCGGAACCAGGAGCCGCACGGACGACGGCGCCCCGAGUGGUGGUCGACCUCCCCAACUACCAAUGGGAUCACUCCACGCGGUACUGGCACGAAGGACCCGCGAGUCGCGACUGGCGCCACAGGCCUUUUAUCACGCACGACCUUCUCGGGGCCAAGGUGCUCGGUACGCCGUGGAGCAGCCCGACGUUUUCCAAGGUGCUGCACCUCGCCGACGUGGCCUGGCUGCGGGACCACAAGAUCGGGGAGCAGGUCGUCAUGCCGGGCGCUGCAUACGUCGCCAUGGCAGUCGAAGCCGCGUAUCAGACGGCCAGCAUGACCGAGUGGCGGAGGGGCAGCCAGAACGGCAGCUCCAGCGGAGAGGGCCUGCUCCCUGCCAAGCCGCCAUCGCCGAGCUAUCAGUUCCAGCUGCAGGACGUCAAGAUUCUCCGUGCCCUGGUCCUCGAUGGCCGGGAAGACUGCCGGCUGGUGACGACGCUGGCGCGCGAGAGGACAAACCUGGGCGGAUGGUUCACGUUCCAGAUCUUCUCGGUGCCCAACCUCAAAGACACCAGCAGCAAGACGGAGCACUGCACAGGCCUGAUCCGCGUCGUCGACUCGGGCGCAGAUGCAGCCUCUGGCACCUGGCGCCAGCACCCAGCCGCGAGCGCCGAGCAGAUCGGCCCGCUGCACGACGCGGACCCGGGGGCCGCCUGGUACGGGGCUUUCCGCGACGCCGGGUACAACUUUGGCCCGCACUUUCAGCGCCUCGUGCAGUUGGAAUGCACGCCCGGGAUGCAGGAUACCCGGAACCUGCUGUCGAUGGAUCCGCCCGUCGUGGCCGUGGCCUCUGCGCAGGGCGGCGACGGCGAGGCAGAGGCGAGACCGAUGCAGCCGUGGUAUGAGACGCGGGGGACUCUGCACCCCGUCGCUUUCGACUCGGUCACGCAGGCCUUCAUCCCGGCGCUGUGGAAGGGCGACCGCGCGGCCGUCGGCGUCGUGACGGUCCCUCCGCUGAUAGAGAGCAUCACCAUGACGGUCCGUCCUCGGACGCGGCCCGACCUGGGGAGCAAAGCCGUGGUCGUGUCGAGCGUCCGUCCCACCGGCAGUCGCAGGCCCGGCGUCCCCGAGGACAGCGUGGGGUCGUGCGACGUCUACGAUGCAGUGGACGGCACGCACCUCUUGCAAAUCAGGGGCUUUCACUGGAACCGCGUCGAUGCGCACGAGGACCUCGCCAUAAGCCACGUGUACCACGGCCUGGUGUGGAAACCCGACGUGUCUCUCCUCACUGCUCGCGGCAUAGAAGCAAUGAGACCCCGCUCGACGUGGAAUGAUAAAAUACAGCUCGUCCUGGACUUGGUCUGCCACAAACUGCCGUACCCCAAGGUGCUCGAAGUCGGCACCAGCGAGAAGAGAGGCGAUGGGACUGACGACCAAAACUCCGUCGUGGCUCUUGGAUGGCUCCCCGAUGCAAACGCCGAUGAGGAAUGCAACCGCGUCCGGCAGGACAUUUGUGCCUCGUACCAUUUCGUCUCGGCCGAGCCGCAGACCUUGCUGGCGAUCCAAGACCGCUACUCGCUUUUGCCCAACGCCAACUUUAGUCUCGCCGACAUCUCCAUGGCUGGAUCUGUGCUCCCCGGAGAUGACGAGUACGAUUUGGCCAUCGUCAACAUCAACAGGGAGCACAUCACGGCGGCGGCGGGGUUGCGCAGCAUGCUAAAGACGGUCCACGAUGGGAUGCGUGAUAAGAGCACCGCUUAUGCCGUAGUCAUAGGCGCCUUUGCACACUGCCAGUCGGAUAUUGAGCUUGUGCAAAACACGGCCGGGGGAGCUGGAUUCGACGUCAUCUUGACACUUUCGGACGGGGAGGAUGCAAUGCUUCUUCUCUCCACAAGCCCUGCUUCUCCGGCAGCUCAACCCAGUUUGACCAGUCGAGUUCAGCCGAGCGCUGUUGGCCCUGGUGCUGCCGCAAGUUCGCUCACCGUCUUUCACUUUACAGAAGAGUUUCAGGGCAAAUCUCAUGCCCUUCGGGAGAAGCUCAAAGCCGCCGGCUGGAACGUUUCUCUCAGCCAUGUCGGUGGCGACAAUGGCCAGGUUCAAGCGGGCAGCAUUGUCUUGGUAUACGAUGAGCUGUACGGAUCAGUCAUGUCUAGAAUCACCCAGAGCCAAUGGGACGCUUUACAGAUGCUCAUCUCCAAAGAGUGUCGGAUCCUGUGGCUUACCACGGGCGCCGUUGGCUUACAUGGCGACGGACAGGAGCAAAGCAUGGAAGAGAUAGAUCCGGAACGAGCAGCCAUCAACGGACUGAUGCGUUCCGUGCGGCGAGAGGAGCCACAUCUGCGUCUGAUCAGCCUGGAUUUGAGCCAGGAGUCCAUCGCAGAUGAGUUUUGUCGUGGUGUCGAUGCCAUCGAAUCGUGCCUGCAGCAGCUCCUCUGUCCCGGGGGCAGCAAGCGAGAUGCCGAAAGUGAAUUCGUCGAGCGCCGAGGCAUCCUGCACAUUAGUCGCAUCAUACCCGACGCCACCCUCAACCGGGCGAAGCUCGAGCGUGCCGACGUCCGCAAGGGCGACUUGUUCACGGCGACAGACAACCCCUCGGUCUACGUGCAGCUCCGGGCCGAGCGGCUGGGCAGCAUCGACUCGCUGUGCUUCGCCGAGACGGCGGUGGCGGCCGAGCUCCCGCCCAACCACGUCGAGGUGGAGGUGCACGCGUCGGGGCUCAACUACAAAGACGUCGCCGUCACCAUGGGCCUGGUCCCGGCCGACGAGCACCGGCUGGGAGAGGAGGCGGCGGGCGUGGUGGUGCGCGUGGCCUCGGACGUGACGGCGUUCCGGCCCGGGCAGCGCGUCGUGGUCUUCAGCCGCGCGUCGCUGGCGAACCGCGUGCGGACCACCACUGAGCGCGUGCACGCCAUCCCCGACCACCUGAGCUUCGAGGACGCGGCCACGCUGUGCGUCGUGUACAUCACGGCCAUGCACGCGCUCUUCAACCUCGGCGGCCUGCGCAGCGGCAUGCGCGUGCUCGUCCACUCGGCCGCGGGCGGCAUGGGCAACGCGGCCAUGCAGCUGUGCGGUACCGUCGGCGGCGUCGAGGUGUUCGCGACGGUCGGCAGCGAGGCCAAGAAGCAGUUCCUGGUGGACGAGCUGCGCGUCCCGGCGGACCACGUCUUUUCGUCGCGGACGCCCGACUUCGCCCACGAGAUCCGCCGCCUGACCGACGGUGCCGGCGUCGAUCUGGUGCUCAACUCGCUGACCGGCCCCUUGCUCGAGGCCUCGUGGCACCUGCUCGCCCCCAACGGGACGCUCGUCGAGAUCGGCAAGAAGGACAUGCUCGCCCGCCACGCGCUGCCCAUGGAGCCCUUCACGCGCAACGUGUCGUACCGCGCCCUGGAUACGUCGCCGCGCUUCUUCCCCGACUCGACCGUCAAGGUCGUCAUGGCGGAUCUGUUCCGCCUGUUGGAGAAGGGCGCCGUCAAGCCUAUAUUCCCCCGGCAGACUUUCCGCUUUGAUCGCGUGGCCGACGCCUUCCGCCUGCUGAGGCAGGGCACGCACAUGGGCAAGCUUGUCGUGUCACGAAACGGGCCGGUGAACAACAGUGGUCGGGCGGGGGAGCAAGAGCAGAUCGCUGAGGUGGAAACGACAAGAGAGGCUGGUACCGUCGUGCCCAUCCGACAAUCCCCUCACUUGCCGUCCCAGCUGCGAUCAGACGUGUGCCAUCUGAUCGUCGGCGGUCUCGCUGGGCUGGGCGGCAGUCUUGCCGUCUACCUCGCCAAGGAAAUGGGCGCCAGGAACAUUGCUUCUCUCUCGCGAGGCGCAAACGUGCCUGGCAAACUACGUCGGACUUUGGCAUCGCUUGGCUGUCACCUCGACGUGCUCCAGGCCGAUGUGACGUCGCUCGAGGAUGUCAAGGCGGCGUUUGCCAGGACAAAGAUGCCAAUCGGGGGUAUAGUUCAUGGUGCUAUGGUUUUACGAGAUCGGCCAUUUGCAACCAUGACCUUGACCGAAUACCACGAAGCCACGGGCUGCAAGAUUGCCGGCGCGCUAAACCUGCACCGAGCCGCGCUUGAUUUGAAUUUGAACCUGGACUAUUUCUCGCUCCUGUCCAGCAUUUCAGGCAUCGUGGGCGGCAAGGGCCAGGCGAACUACGCAGCGGGCAACGCCGUGCUGGACGCGCUCGCGGCUCACCGUCGAGCCAUGGGCCUGCCGGCAUGUGCAGUCGACCUGGGAGCCGUCCAAGACGUUGGGUACAUUGCAAGCCAGCAGCAGCAGCAGCAGCAGCAGCAGCAGUCCGCGACUGGGCCGCAGUCGGAAAGGGAUGGUGGCGCCGCCAGCCAGGAUUAUCUGACUAAGGUCACGGCAGGCGGGACGCUCAGCCCAAUCAACGAGCGGCUGCUGCGCAAGAUAAUCCAGCUUUGUCUGCUACAGCAGCAGAACCAGCUGAAACCCCACCGCCAACCCAACAGCCCACCGCCGUCGGCGCCUUGCCAGAUCAUCACGGGCCUGACCGUCCCGCAGCCGGAACAAUCGGAUCUAAGCAGCGACGCCCGGUUCGCCGCGCUCUUCAACAUGCCCAGCUCCAAAGCCGGCGGCGGUGGCGAGGGCUCGAGCGGGGGCGUCGGUCGCGGCGGGUGCGGCGGCGGCGGCUCCAGCGGCGCCAAGCACGACUCGGACAGCAAGCACCUGCGCGAGCUGCAGCUGAUGCUGUGGUCGUGCAAGGCGGUGCAGCCGGCCGCCGUCAAGGCCGCGCUGGUGCGUGUGGUCGGCGCCUACUUUGCCAAGACGCUGCGGCUCGAGGUCGACCAGGUCGACGUCGAGAGGCCGCUGUCGGCCUUUGGCAUCGACUCCAUGGCCGCCGUCGAGAUUCGGAACUGGGUCAGGGCCGAGCUGGGGGUUGUGCUGGCCACCUUUGAGAUCAUCAACGCGUCGAGCAUUGUCGGGUUCUGCGACGUUGUCAUUGCAAAGCUGAACAAGACGUGA